AUGGUACGUAUCGGAGCCAUAGAUGUAGAUUGGGUCACAAGCAUAGGGAAACUUACCAUUCUCGAGCUGAUGAUUCAAAAUCCAGUCAGUACCUGUCUUUCCACAUUCACUAUUGAAUGCAAUAAACUCACUCAAUUGGGAGAUAGAUCUGUCACCAGACCAAACACUUCGGUCCCUUUUUGCGCCAUCUACCAAAACUUCAGACCCGUAACCACAUCGAACAUCAUUAGACCAUCCCGUAGAUGGCAUUACAAUGUCAUUUCUUCUUCCACUGUUGGCAGGUAUAAUGGAAAGUUGAAUGGUGUAUGCUCCAGCGUACCAUAUGGUAUUACACAAAUCGUCAUUCGAGUGAAAAUAGCCCGAGUAGUCUCUCAAAUUCUCUUUCAAACUGGGCAUGUUGUUCAUAGUGGUAUAGACUUUUUUGAGCGCAACUUCACCAUGGCUUCUGGUCGAUAUUGUCAUAUAUCUAAACCCUCCUCUUUGCUGGGCAAAUGGACAAACGUACUUUCCCUCACUCACAGGCACCUCAAUUACCUUGUCGUCAAUGAAAAAGUCCAUACUCCUAUCGGAAUUGUCCUUGUCAAUGAAUAA